UAACUAAGCUGCAUUUUUUUCCAUUAGUUUAUUCCUAUAUAUUUCAGCUAUAAAGCAAUUCAUUCCUUUUUUUGCUUCUGAUAAAUUACAUUAGUAAACUAAAUCCAAUGAUGUUCUGAAACUUAUAAAUGCCUUUUCUUUAAUAAUAAUUUGCCUCAUGUGCUAGUAAUUCCGUUAGUUAUAUAUCCAUGUUUUUGUCAAAUUAGGAAUUUGGAUGAUGCUGAAUAUGCUUAAAUGAAGGAAAAAAUUUUAGGUCUCUUAAAAAGGUUCUGCUGCACAUGCUUACUUUAUCUAGUUAGAAUAUACUUAACUUGAGCUAUGCUUCCAACAAUUUCAUUUUUUUUUUCAAGUAAAAGAAACCCAAGUCAAUUAGGCUCUUUAACUAGCUAGAUCAUAUAUAAAAUAUCUUUGAUGGUAGCAAUUUAUUUUGAUUCCUUUGGUUGCUUUCCAGAAAGGUUUGCUGAAGGAAUAACUAUGUAUUGUAAAAUCAAUCUGCAGGAGUACCUUGUUAAAACUCGCUGCGGAAUGGUUUCCGUUGCAUUAUUUGGAGACCAGGAUAAGCCGGCUCUUGUUACCUAUCCCGAUUUAGCUCUAAAUCAUAUCUCCUGUUUUCAAGGUUUGUUCUUUUCUCCAGAAGUUAAUUCCUUUCUCCUCCACAAUUUUUGCAUAUAUCAUAUAAGUCCUCCAGGGCAUGAGGUAGGAGCUGCCCCAAUCGGUUCUGAUGACCUUAUGCCUUCUGUUGAUGACUUGGCAGAUCAGGUUCUUGAGGUUCUCAACUUUUUUGGGCUUGGUUCUGUAAUGUGUAUGGGGGUUGCAGCUGGAGCAUACGUUCUUACUCUAUUUGCUAUGAAAUACAGGCAGCGUGUCCUCGGGUUAAUACUUGUUUCUCCACUAUGCAGAGCGCCCUCAUGGACAGAAUGGUUGUUAAAUAAGGUAAUGUCAAACUUACUUUAUUUCUAUGGCAUGUGUGGAGUGGUGAUGGAGUUAUUGCUUAAGCGGUACUUCAGCCAGGAAGUUCGUGGUAGUGUUGAAGAACCCGAAUCAGAUAUAGUUCAAGCAUGCAGAAGAUUGCUAGAUGAAAGGCAGAGUAUAAGCGUUCAGCAAUUCCUCGAAGCAAUGAAUGGGAGACGUGACCUUAGCGAAGGAUUAAGGAAACUGCAUUGCCGAUCACUAAUAUUUGUCGGGGAGAAUUCUCCUUUCCAUUCCGAGGCUCUCCACAUGACAUCAAAAUUAGAUAGAAGAUAUAGUGCCUUAGUGGAGGUUCAGGCAUGUGGAUCAAUAGUAACUGAGGAGCAGCCCCAUGCAAUGUUGAUACCAUUGGAGUACUUUCUUACGGGAUUUGGCUUAUACAGGCCGACUCUAAGUGUUAGCCCGAAAAGCCCAUUGAGUCCAACUUGCAUCUCCCCGGAGCUUCUUUCACCGGAAAGCAUGGGCUUGAAGUUGAAACCGAUUAAAACCCGGAUUUCUUAGGAAGUCCAAGAGAAGAUAACAGAUAAAGGGUAAGAUCACUUUUUUUUUUUCUUGUUUAUAAUAAUAAUAUAUUAUGUAAGGGUGUUUAUGAGCAUUACUAGGGAUGUAGAUAGAGAAGGGAAGUGGAGAGAGAAGAGAAAAAGUAGAUUAUUGUCAAUUCUUUUAUUUGUAACCUUUUUUUAGCUGAGUUUAAGUCAUUGUCAAUAUCUGUAAAUCAUGGGAAUAAUUAUUUUACAAGAGAAAACGCUAAUAAUGUUAUGCUUUACUUUUUCUA